GGCUCCCCGGGCCACCAACUCGACCAGAUGUCAGUAGUUGAGGUCACUAUAAUCUCAGCAUGACCACCGCCCGACUGCUGGAUAAUCGGCGUUUCCCCGACCGCCGCCAUCGUCCACCGGAGCCUUAACAACCACUGGACGCUAUCGAGCAAGCCAGUUGCCGACUGUGCCCUUAACCUUCCUCCUCACUUCAAUCUUUGACUUUCACUCUCUGUUUCUGUCUCCAUACUCGUGGCUCGAAGGCAAAGCUCCUCCUGCCACCUCGCCACUCCUCGCCUCCUCAAAUGGGUGGCUGUGCGGCGUCCAGGCUUGGGUCCAGCAGCGAGGAGGAAGGCCCGGUGGCGCUCUGUCGCGAGAGGAAGCGCCUCAUCAGAGCUGCGGUCGACUGCCGCUACGAACUCGCCGCCGCUCACGCCGCCUACAUCCACUCCCUCAACGCCGUCGCCGCCGCCGCCGCCAUCGACGUUUUCGUCUGCCGCCUCUCCGUCCCCACUCCCUUCCUCAUUACCCUCCCUAGCGGCGCUGCAGUUUCUUCCCCUCCCUGUGCCUACCUCCGCCAGACGCCGACGGAGCCAAAGACCGAAUCUUUGCCCUGCCGCGCUUCUCCUCCCCCCUCCUCUCCCUCGGGCUCGAACUCCACAGAGGCAGCUGAGUCAGUGGAGGAGGAGACAAGUGAAACGAGUUGCGGUCGCUACUUCUUCUCCGCAACAGGGCCAAUGCCGCCGUCUCCCUCGUCGGAGGUGUUCGGUUGGGACUUCUUCGGCCCGUUCGACGAGGUCCAACGCGCAGCGGAACCGGCAAUCACAGCUGGGCGACUCGACCGGAGUUCAGAUGAGUAUCUGAGGGCGGUGAGGGAGCAAGAAGGCAUCCCGGAUCUCGAGGAAGCCGAUGAAUACGAAGAAGAAGAAGAAGAAGAAGAAGAGGCGAAAGGCGACACUUCAGCUGUAGAAAGAGUAACCGACUGCGGCGGCAACACAGCAGCGAUGGAGAUCAUCGCCGCGAGCCAAGAAGUGGAGUCGGUUCUGUCCGAGAAGGCAGCAGGAGAGGGCAGAGAUCUACUGCAAGCGCUGAGAGAAAUCGAAGACCACUUCAUCAAGGCGUACCAUUCUGGGAAGGACGUCUCAAGGAUGUUGGAGUGCAACUCUUUUAAACACCGAGCAGUUCAUGAAGAGAACAAAGAGAGUUCAUCCAAAGCUAUUCGAGCUAUUACAUGGCAUCGGUCUGUAUCGGUCUCGUCCUCGGAUAGAAGUCUAGUUACAUCAAGCUCAAACAGCGCAUCGAGCGAAAUUUUGGAUGAGUAUGUUGGAAUGGAGUCUGGAAGACAUUCACAGACUCUAGGAAGGUUGUAUGCUUGGGAGAAAAAGCUAUAUGAACAAGUGAAGGCUGGAGACCAGGUUUGGCAAGCUUAUCUGAAAAAAUGCAUGAAACUAAAAAACCAAGAAGUGAAAGGAUCAAAAUCAAGCUCGGUGGAGAAAAAUCAGGCUAUCGCAAGAGAUCUACACGCGGAGAUAUGUGUGGCAUUACAAGCUUCUCAAUCCAUAUCACAGAGAUUAGAGAAAUUAAGAGAUGAGGAGCUACAACCGCAAAUCAUAGAGCUUCUACAAGGCUUAUCCCGGAUGUGGAAUAUAAUGCUCGAGUCUCAUGAGUCUCAGAAACAAGUAAUGUUUGAAGUGAGCACAUUCAUAUGCCCUGAAUAUGGAAAAUUCACUAACAAUACUAAUCGUCUGGCGACUGUUACUUUGGAGGCUGAGCUUCGCAACUGGAGAUCAUGCUUUAUAGGCUAUGUAGCGGCACAGAAAGCAUAUGCCAAAGCUAUUCAUGCAUGGUUAUCGAAGUUCCUUGCGUCUGAUGUCGAAUACUAUUCUCGAACUAGAUCUUUAUUACCUUCUUACAGAGCUGGAACACCUCCUUUAGUUGUUAUGUCUCAUGAAUGGCUGACCUCACUAAGGAAGCUGCCUGAUCAAGCUGUAUCCUUGGGAAUGCAAAAUUUCAUCAGAACGGUUCAGGGAUUGUGGAUUAAGCAGGGGGAGGAACAACAGCAAAAGAGAAAAGUCGACAGACUCACCAAAGAGCUCGACCGCAGGGUCCUGGCACUUGUGGAACUCGAGCAGUCUGAGAACAAACCUGAUUCUGAUAUGUGGCAGCAAGUAGAGUAUUUAUCCAGAAAGAAAGAGCUGCUAGACAUGUUCAGGAAAAAACUGGAAUCUGACAAAGUGAAACAUCAAGAUUGUCUGCACAAGACCCGCGAAAUCACUAUCAAUGGAUUCAAAAUUGGAUUGGCUAGCAUUUUUGAAUCACUAACGCAGUUCGCGAAGGAUUCGGUCAGCCUGUAUGAUGCUCUCUUGAUGCAGGAAAAGGGGAAGGUGGUGCAUCAGAUUAUUGAGAAGACUACUUGCACAGAGGCUCAUGGACAUGGAUAAAAUUGAUAGAUAUCCUGUCCGUCUUUUUGAGACAAUGUAAAUUUGCUGCUGAAUGGUCAAGGCCUAUGUACAUUCAAUGAAGCAAUGAAAUGUGUAAGUAUUUUUUUUACCA